AUGGAAGCACACUUUGAUCAAGAUUUCUUUAACAUAGACCAACUGCUAAAUGAGGGACCAUUUGAGUACAGCACAGAUGAUGACAACAUGGAUGAUGAAACUACGGGGGACAGCAGUGAAGAGGAACAACAUGCAAAGGCACAGCCAACAAGUAGAAAGCAAUUAACUGUGCAGCAGAAACGCCAAAUGGUUGAUGACUACCUACUGCACAUGCAUGGUGGGGAACUACCUAGAGGGUGUUUGUCACAAAUGGCAAGAAAAUAUGGGAUUCACAGAAGCACAUUACUGAGGGUCUGGCAGUUUGUAAAGCAAAGUAUAGCACAAGGGAAUGUCAUUGAUGUCAGAAGCAAAAAAUUGGGGAAAACAGGUCCCAAACCAAGACUUAUUACUGAUGAGUACUUGCAAUUAGUGCCUUUAUACAAAAGGACAACAGAGAGGAGUUAUGCAGCUGCUCUAAAAGUUUCACAUGGAUAUCUCCAUAACUUGAAGAAAAAGGGCAGAUUAAGAACACAUACAAGCGCCAACCAUCCAGCACUCACGUCAAAUCACAAAGUGGUUAGACUCAAGUGGGCAUUAGCCCAUAUUCACCCUAUUCCAGCAGUUGGAGAUCCAACUUUCAUUGAUAUGCAACAGGUUAUACAUAUAGAUGAAAAAUGGUUCUAUAUGAACCCAGAAACAAGGAGGUUCUACCUCUUACCAAAGGAAGAAAACCCAUACAGAUGUCAGCUGUCCAAGAGAUACAAGAUUAAGGCUAUGUUCAUGGGGAUGAUUGGUAAGCCCCUUUAUGACAUAAGAGGCAAUAUGCUACAUGAUGUGAAAAGCAAGAACAGAGAUGCAGGGGUCAUGGAGACAAAGGCUGUGCAAAGUGUGACCAAAAAAAAAAUUAGGCUAAUGCUCAUGACCAACAUCAUUCCAGCACUACACAGGCAAUGGCAUCCUAGUCUGUCUAAGGACAUAUACAUUCAAUGGGACAAUGCUAAGCCACAUCAAAUUCUAAGGGAUGAUGACUUCAUUGCAGCAUGUACAACAAAUGGAUUCAACAUCCAAAUGGUGUUCCAGCUAGCACAAUCUCCAGAUCUGAAUGUUCUGGACCUUGGUUUGUUCAAGAGAAAGAAGGGUAACAACUUCAAUCCACCUCAUAUGGGCAAGAAAAGGUUGGACAACCUAGGUCUUCUUCCCGAGUUUUUGGAAGUUGAAAGGGGACUCAUUCAACAAGCAGUUGAGCACCUCAACACUCUUUUUAUUCCAACUAAUCAACAGAAUGCAGACUACAUGAAGACAGAGGUUGAUGCAGACUAG